GGGCCAUGCUCCCCCGGGGCAGCGGCUGAGCCCGAGCCGGGGCCCGGAUCGGAGCCCGCGCGGAGCAUGGAUCCGGGCUGGUGGCAGCAGGACGUGGGCUGGGCGGCCCUGCUGAUCCUUUUCGCCGCCUCGCUGCUCACGGUGUUUGGCUGGCUGCUACAGUAUGCCCGGGGCUUGUGGCUGGCGCGGGCCCGUGGGGGCCGGGGCCCGGGGCCCGCCUUAGCUGCGGAGCCCGCGGGCUCCCUGCGGGAGCUGGGCGUGUGGCGCUCGCUGCUGCGGCUGCGGCCGACUCGGGCCGGUGCCCCCGAGGAGCCAGGCGUCCGGGGCCUCCUGGCGUCGCUCUUCGCCUUCAAGUCUUUCCGAGAGAACUGGCAACGGGCUUGGGUGCGAGCGCUGAACGAGCAGGCCUGCAGGGACGGGAGUUCCAUCCAAAUCGCCUUUGAGGAGGUGCCCCAGGUCCCACCCAGAGCCAGCAUUAGUCAUGUGACCUGCAUAGACCAAUCGGACCGCACCAUGGUGCUGCAUUGCCAGCUCUCUGCUGAGGAGGUGAUGUUCCCAGUCUCUGUGACCCAGCAGUCCCCCGCUGCCGUCUCCAUGGAGACCUACCACGUCACUCUGACACUGCCACCAACACAGUUGGAAGUCAGCCUGGAGGAAAUCCCUGACGAGGGGCUGCUCGUGUCCUGGGCCUUUACUGAUCGCCCAGACCUCAGCCUGACGGUGCUUCCCAAGCUGCAGGCCAGGGAGAGAGGCGAGGAGCAGGUGGAGCUCUCCACGAUUGAAGAAUUGAUUGAGGACGCCAUUGUCAGCACCCAGCCGGCCAUGAUGGUCAACCUCAGGGCUUGCUCUGUGCCUGGAGGCUCGGUGCCCAGUGAGAAGCCACCCACGGUGCCCCAGGCACAGCCUGCCAUCUCCAGACCUACACGGUUAUUCCUACGGCAGCUUCGAGCAUCUCACCUGGGAAGUGAGUUGGAAGGCACUGGGGAACUGUGCUGUGUAGCUGAGCUCGACAACCCAGUGCAACAGAAGUGGACCAAGCCCGUGAGCGCUGGUCCCGAGGUGGAGUGGACCGAGGACCUGGCCCUGGAUCUGGGCCCCCAGAGCCGGGAGCUGAGCCUCAAAGUGCUGAAGAGCGGAAGCUGCGGAGACUCUGAAAUCUUGGGCCAGAUCACACUGUCUGUGGGCCCCCCUUCCAGACCUCUGUCCCGAAGACAGGUCUGCCCACUCACCCCUGGGCCGGGAAAAGCCCUGGGACCUGUGGCCACCAUGGCAGUAGAGCUUCAGUAUGAGGAGGGCUCCCCCCAGAACCUGGGCACUCCAACUCCCUCCACGCCACGCCCCAGCAUCACACCCACCAAGAAGAUCGAGCUAGACCGGACCAUCAUGCCUGAUGGCACCAUUGUGACCACAGUUACCACCGUCCAGUCCCGGCCCCGUGUAGAAGGGAAACUAGACUCCCCCUCCCGCUCCCCGUCCAAGGUGGAGGUGACUGAGAAGACGACAACUGUGCUGAGUGAGAGCAGCGGCCCCAGCAGCACCUCCCACAGCAGCAGCCCAGGGGAGAGCCACCUUUCCAACGGCUUGGACCCUGUCGCAGAGACAGCGAUUCGUCAGCUCACUGAGCCCAGCGGGCGGGCAGCCAAAAAGACACCCACCAAGCGUAGCACUCUUAUCAUCUCUGGCGUUUCCAAGGUGCCCAUUGCUCAGGACGAGUUGGCACUAUCUCUGGGCUAUGCGGCAUCCCUGGACGCCUCCAUGCGGGAGGACGCAGGAACCAGUGGGGGUCCCUCCUCCCCGCCCUCAGACCCACCAGCCACGUCCCCAGGACCCCUCGAUGCCCUCUCCAGCCCCACCAGCGUCCAGGAAGCAGAUGAGACAACACGUUCGGACAUUUCUGAGAGGCCAUCUGUGGAUGACGUUGAGUCGGAAACAGGGUCUACCGGUGCGCUGGAGACCCGCAGCCUCAAGGAUCACAAAGUGAGUUUCCUGCGCAGUGGCACGAAGCUUAUCUUCCGCCGGAGGCCUCGCCAGAAGGAAGCUGGUCUGAGCCAAUCACACGACGACCUCUCCAACACCACGGCCACACCCAGUGUCCGAAAGAAGGCUGGCAGCUUUUCUCGCCGCCUUAUCAAGCGCUUUUCCUUCAAAUCCAAACCCAAGGCCAAUGGCAAUCCCAGCCCCCAGCUCUGAGGGCCCUUCUCACCUCCUGAGCUAGGAGAGGGCAGGAGUCCUCUCAGCCCACCCCCCACAUCCUCUUCCAUUCCCCUUCCUGGAUUCCCAACAGCCUGGGCCAGGGAAGCCCUCUGGGUUCCAGGAAGCCCUGUGCACCCUGGGCUGUGGGGCCAGUUGGAAGGGUACUUGCAACGGGAAGCAUGAGACAGGCGGGCACCCGUUGCUGAGGAUGCAGAAGAGGGAGUGGGUGGCUGGGAGUGAGAGGAGGGCUCUGUCCCGGCACAUGUGGGCAUUCCUCAGAACUGGUUGCCUGCUGUUGACAUUGGCCCCUCAGAGGAGCCCCAGGGUGCUCAGCUCCUCAGCUGGUCCUUCCUCCCCUAUUUAUUCUCUUUUCUAUUUAUAUGUGUGGUCCAGGACCCUCAGCGAACAGAUCAGAGAGGGCAUCUCUCCCAGGUGACCCUUCUUUCCUGUCCCAGGAGGGUAGGCAGUUAAUUCCCUUUGGGACAGGACUCCCAUGUCUCCCUCAGGUCCCCACUCCGACCAGCACCAGUGUCUGCCUCUGAGGACAUUGGCAGCUCACAGAAAGCCGGGCCGGUGCCCCGGAAGGGGGGCAGGUACUCCCCACCUCCCUGCCUCCCCUCCUGCUCCUCAUCCCUCCCUCCCCUUUAUUACUGUUUUUGUACUUGAUGCCUUCUCCGUGAGCAGUGGCUCUGUAGGAAGGAGGGAGCCAGGAGCUGGGUGGAAGCCUUCCCCAGAGAAAUGGCUUCAGGGGCUUCAUUAAAGACUGUGAUGAUGAUGGCACAAGAGCAGGGCUACACCUCUGUGUGUUGGGAGAUGAUGAUGUCCAUUGCUGUGUGAUGGCUUGGAAUUUAAUUUAUUAAAUUAAAGUCAAAUUGGAG